GAUUCAAGGCCAAAACAAGAGAUGGAGAGACAUUCAAUCAAGCUGCUGCUCUUACUAGCCUUUUUCAUGGUUGCAUCUUUGUUGCCAUCAAUUAUGAUGGCACAGGUAAGUGUAGGACCAAACAAGAAGCAAUUGUUUAUGACUGGGCAGCUUUGCAAGUCUCAUGAUGACUGCAAAGCCAAUAGUGUAUACUCAACCAACUUCUGCAUCAACGAAAUCUCUGGAUCUGAAAUCGGUCAUUGUGUUGGAUUUGACUCCACUUUGGAAAUGGUGGUGAAGAAAAGCAAGGCAAAGGAGGGUGGUUGUGGGAAGUGUGAAACCGACGACGAUUGCAAGAAUUGUCCAGCAGCAGCUAGUUGCGAGAAAUAUAUUAUGAACGGCACUUGUGUGUGAUCUUGUUCUGCUCGAUAUUAAAGAUUUGCUACGUUCAACUUUAUGUGUAACUAUCUCUUAUGUUUAAUCGCAUUAAAGAUUUGCUACGUUCAACUUUAUGUGUAACUAUCUCUUAUGUUUAAUCGCACUGCGAAUACAGCUGCCCAUAGUUUAGCUAGGGAAGCUUGUUCUAUGUCUGUGCGUCAAGAGUGGACGUCUUCCCCUCCUUUUAUUGUCAA